GUCAAUGUUGUUUGUGGAAGUCCCGCCGAGGCUGGUUUGGUGUUGUAGGUGAUAGCAAACAACUAGCUAGCGACUCAAGUCUUCUAUUUUGCCAGCGUCAUCUUCUUCAGGCGGCCGACAGCAGGACACGUGGUGGCAGCGAGCUGGCGAUGAAGAUGAAGAAGCGACCAAACAUCCUGUUAACAGGAACCCCAGGUGUUGGAAAGACAACUUUAGGAAAGGAGCUGGCCCAGCGGACAGGGCUGACCUAUGUUAACAUAGGUGACCUCGCUCAGGAAGGAGACCUUUAUGAUGGCUAUGAUGAAGAGUACCAGUGCCCAAUCUUGGAUGAGGACAGGGUGGUGGACGAACUAGAAGAGAAGAUGGUAGAUGGUGGUAUGAUUGUUGACUAUCAUGGCUGUGACCUGUUCCCUGAACGCUGGUUCCACAUCGUCUUUGUCCUCCGCACAGACAACACCCAGCUGUACACACGGCUAGAGAGCAGGGGCUACACGGGGAAGAAGCUGCAGGACAAUGUGCAGUGUGAAAUCUUCCAGACCAUCUACGAGGAAGCCAUGGAGGCCUACAGAGAGGAGAUCGUCCACCAGCUGCCCAGCAACACUCCUGAGGACCUGGAGUGCAACCUGGAGCAGAUAGUGCAGUGGACUGAGCAGUGGAUGAAAGACCAUAACUAGAAGCUGGACUCCUGUCGCAGGACUGUCACAUAGAAAUUCAGACAGUUAAAGAUGAUUUCUAAUUCUUUUCCAGCCUGCUUAUAUUUUCAUAGAUUUUGCCACCAUAAAGUUUGGCUGCAUGCUCAAAGUAUAAUUAUUACUUCACUGGGCUGUUUUUCCUGAAUGUAGUUUGCAGGGAGUGUUUCUGGGCCCAGUCACUCUAAAAUGGUUGGACUCUAAAGCAGUUGAAAGACAUAGAACACAGUAACAAGCACAAGGAACUUCUGACAUCAGCUAUCUGAUUACCCAUAGCCUGAAACAUGCAUAUCUUACUUUGUAAAAUAUUUUAUUUUUUAUUAGUGCAACUAGUGUCAAGUCAAAUCAAUCAAGUACUCAUACACUGCUGCAUUCAUGUCAUCAUUUUUUAUAAAUAAAUGAUCACUGGGAAACAGCAUUCUCACAAAGUA